AUGAAGUUGCCUCGUAUUCUGGCUAUUUGGCCAAUGUUUUUGGUACUGCAGAAAAUUAAUGGUGAGUUAGGUUGAAAUUCACGGAGCUGUUUAUCGAAACUCCUUUUUUAAGCGCAGGGCGGGAUAAACCUCGGUUCGUUUGGGCUGGGAAAAUCGCCAGUGGGGGAUUUGUUGCUGAACUUUGGCCAGGGCGGAAAUUUGUUUGGACUCGGAGCUGAUCGAGCCAUGAAUUUGAACAUUGGUCCUGGAAGGUUCGGAGCGAAAUGUAAGCGUAUUUCUUGGCGUUGUUUUUUUCAAUACCAGUUAAUAUUAGUCGUUUUGAAUUUUAGCGGACGGCGGAGUAAGCGUUGGAGGCCAGCGUCUUGGGCUGGAAAACUUGUUUGGAAUCCAAGAAGGACAAGGACUUAAUCUCGGCAGCUUCUUGAAUGUAUGCCCUUUUACAGUGUUACCGUAUUUUUCGCACUUUUAAAUCAACUAUGAAAGCUCGUCAUCUUCUGCACUUGGUAAUCAUAUAAAUUCAGACAGGAAAUCCAGUUCCGUUGGGCUCGCAAAACACCGCGAAUGCCGGCAGCGAUCCGAUCUCCAAAUUCUUCGCCGGUCUUAUGGGGAGUGGAGUGAAACCAACAGAAGUCGCUGUAGUUCCAAACAAUCGUGGAGGCGACAAAUUCGGGUUGGCCAAAGGCAAUGCUCGACAACCAUGGGAGACGGAUGGUGAGGAAACUCCGGAGUCCAGUUGGCCAACUCCACCCACACCGCCUGAUGAAGAUCUCGGUCUUGAGGGCAUGGAGAAGAUGAGUAAUAAGAAGGGAGAAGUGACGGAAGCACCGAUUUUCCCAACUCUAGUUAACAUGUGGACUGAGGGUCCUGAGGGCAUCGACGGCUCAAGUGGAAUGAUUCCAACUGGAGUGGAGACGAAUGGGGGAUUUAUCGGACUUCCAGGUGAAGUUGGCCCCAUAAGUCCGGGAGUUGCCCCGAUCUCCCCAGAAGUUGGCACAAUCCCUCAACCCGGCGUAAAUCCAACGCCAAAAAGGGUAAACACAGAAGGCUGGUCGGGUCAGAGUGUAAUUGGAACGGCCCGGAAAGCAGGCAUGAAUAGUGGCGAGGCCUCGAAAAAAAGCAAUGGUAAACGAAGAGGUGGUCCACCGCCUCCGGCGGGCAUGAUCGACAUUGACUCCAAAGAACAAGAAGAGCUACGGCGUGUCAGAAUGCGAAAUUAA